AGGCCAAGGCAGAAAGAAAUCUUCAAGCCAUGGUCUCCUACCUCCGAGACAGGGUAGCACGAUAUGCGCCAUCCAUGAUGCAAACCGCAGAAAGCAACUGCCUAGACUCAGCGUCUGUGGCCUGCUGCUCUGUUCCUGGACUUUGGAUAUCUAUCUUCAGUCGCUCCUGUCUCAUUAGACAUCCAGCCGAUAUGGCCGCUCUCCCCUCAAACUCCAAUGUUCUUCUCUGUGUCGAGAUGACAACACAGAGCUGCAUGACUUCUGCUUCAUGCUUAGAUCAACCAAAACAAAACUUCUUAGCCAUCGCAUCGUACCACAGAAUCAUUGCCUCCACUACUUCUCAUCUACUUUCUAAUAGCUUCAUCUCGUAAAGCUCUCGUUAUCUCCAUGGACUCUCACUCAAUGGCUACGUUAGCCGCCAUUCCCGAAGCCGCCUCUUCUUUACUUGAUAGAAACAGAAUUCGACACCGCAACAGUCUUGUAACACCAUCGUUCCAGAGGCAGCGCCCUAAAUCCCGUGUCAUUAUUCUUUCCAAACGUUCGAGCCGGGCGCAUACGCCGAUUCGCAAGGCCUCUCCCCCUAUGACAUCUCCUGGAUCAGUAUACAGCAGUGAUACUGGGCCGGCUUCUGAGCGGCCCUAUGCUGAGAUGCCACCCAACGAGACGAAUAAAUCGCCUCCAGACGUUGCUCGCCGCGACCAGCCCUACAUUCGCUCUGCCUAUGACGUGGGAACUACCUUCCGAGGCGUCAGUAUGAAGUCUCUCGACGGAGCAUCUUCUCUUGACCAAUCCUGGGUUCCAUCUGAACCAUCAGUUGAUUUGGAUUCCUUCCCAUUGCCUCCGCCGAAAGACCCUCCGCAACAGACUGAAUACAACGUCAAUCCUCUGAGUAUUUCUGCGAAGCCAUCACGAGACCAUGCAUCAACGCUUCAAAAGCCCGAGACAUCGACCUGCUUUGCAAGGGCCGGCUUUUCACCCCCUCCGGUUCGACGUAAGGCUCACAUGCGCAUGCAUAGAAGUCCUCGUUCAUCGCAUAGUUUGCUUCUUGACGGCGCGGCUGAUUUUGUGAGCGCGUCGAAGCAUACGUCCAUCGACUCUGCUCUUGUGGAAGCCAUCUCGCGAAGUGUGUGCCAGCAGUUGCGACUCUUUUCAGCCAGGUCAAAGAAUAACCAAGAAAGAAGCUUCUCACGGCCAUUCAGAGAGGCAUCACACAGCCAACAGGUCAAUCAUCCGCGGAUAUUCAACCAGUCAGAUCAGGCACGGAUAUUCAACCAGUCAGAUCAGUCAGACAAGAUCGCAGGACGACAUGGACAAUCCCGGCGGACUAAGCAUUUAUGGCAGCACACGAAUCCACCAGAAACACCAACAAAGUCUAAUAUAUCGUUACGUACAGUAUCACCAUUGAUGCCCUUUCGUCCAGAGUUUAAGGCAGCAGGAUUAGCAGUGACAUCAAAGGACCAGAAGCGUGGCUUUCCCGCCUAUAUUGCAAGACUCAUCCCAACAAGAUCAACCCAGAGACGUGCCAACCGUUCCGGUAGCAAGCACCACGCAAAAGUGCCGAAAUUCGAUGGUUUCGAAGAAGAGGACUCCAGCGGGAACUCAAUGAGCCAGAUAUCAUUUGCACCUUCACAAGACAUGGAUGAGUGGAGGUUCGCGCUGAUCGACGAGGCGCCUGUUCGAAAGCAGAAGAGGCGGACCGCAAAGGAUAAGGGAAAACCAAAACGACGUUGGUUUCGUUGCUUCACCCGGGAUGAAGAUUCUGUUGCGGAUGGGUCAUAGGCACACUUCCGACAGAUAUCUAGAGAUGCUAUUUCGAGGAUGUCCAGGGACUCGCCUCCAACGCCUCCUCCUAAGCCCACGCCACUUGUAAUCCCUCGGCGAAGCGACCGGGAGAACAGAACUCGUCCAAGAGCCGAUUCAAGCCCACGAAGCCCACGCCAGAAAAGCUUUGGGGCCCGAGAUGCGUUUAACUCCCAGUCAAGACAGCCAACAAAGUCGACGGCCCAUUGUCACGGCG